UGUGUGUGUGUGUGCAUGUGUGUGUGUGUGCAUUUUUCACUUACGCCUGGUUUGGCCAAUUUGCCAAAGAGCAAAUAGGCAAGCGACAAGAACAAAGUAAACGAAAAGUGAACUUAAAAAACAAAAACAAGAGCAACGGCAACAGCUAGAAACAAGAAGCCAACUGAACUUUUCUUUCAAAUGGAAAAAGUUUUCAAACACUUGCAAAUGUGUUGAGGGGAAACACACACACACACUCGCGCAGAGAGAGCGAGAGAGAGACAGAGAGAAAGAGUGAGCGACCCAGAGCCAGCGCGGCCAUAAAAUGCCAACAUGGCUAAGUUAACGAUGUCCCGUCUUCUGCAGCUGAUGACACUGCAGCUGGCCACGUUUAGCAAGCAACAGCAACAACAAUUUCAGCAACAGCAUCAGUGCCACAUGGCAAUGGCUCUGUGGCAGGGUAUUCUUCUCUUUGGCUGCUUGAUGCUUCUACAUGCCUCUGCAUCUGCUGCCACAGCAUCUAGCCCUUCAGGUCCAGCUCCAGCUCCCCCAACAACGACGACAACAACAACUUCAGCUUCGGCUACAGCUUCAGUUCCAGCCGCAGCAGCAGCAGCAGCAGCAGCAGCAACAACAACCUCACACUCUCUGUCAGGCUCAACAGCAUUAGCAUCAGCAUCUGAUUUGGCUCUUGUCCUUCACACCCCAACAUCGAUGAUAAUAAUGGAUAAUCUCACAACAUCAGCAUUAGAUUUUAGCGAUCAACAACAACAACAACAACAACGCGCCCAGAAACGCGAUGUUGCCCAUGUGCCUGACGAUGACUACGAUGCCAGUUAUCCGGAUGAUAUAGACGAUCUUGAGGCCUUGAUUAAUAAUAAGUCUGCAAAAGGAAAGUACAUUGGAGCUCCAUGCAACGAACUUAAAUGCGAUGCUAAAUUGCUGCACGUCUCCUGCGACAAGGAUACGCAAAUCUGCAGCUGUGAAAGAAACUAUCCAGUGCAGUUGGGACUGAUAAAGGGUUGCGCCAAACCUAAAAAAUUAGGCGAUCAAUGUUUCUACGAUGAGACGUGUAUUUACAAUGAUGAGAACUCCCUCUGUGUUCAGGUGCGACAUAAUGCAAUGUGUCAGUGUGCCAAUGGUUUUCACUCGGUGAGUUAUACAAAGCCAACGAGACGCGUUUUCUGCACGCCAGAUCUCAGCGAGUUGAGCUCAGAUUUGCCUACCCUGUUGGGUGUGUCCACGGGCAUUGCUGUGCUGGCUGGUCUUAUCUGUAUGGUCUUGCAUUUGUUUAGCAAGACCAAAUAUCCAAGGCAUCGGAACUAUGGAGAUGCCAAUAUUCCACCGCCCAUUCUCUAUUCUAGCGAUACAGGCAUACCGCUGACCGUGCAUUCGGCGCGGCCAUCUUCACGGUCCAGCAUACGAUCGACGGGAUCGAUUGGUUCCUAUGGCAAUCGUCGGGCCUCGGCUGGCGGAAUCGCCGGAGCUUCUGCCAGCGGUGGUGGCAGUGGCAGCGGCGGAGGCGGCGGCGCGUCCAAAGGCAUUUUAGUGUCGACGUCUCGUACAGGUUCUCGAAGACCAAGUCUAGCAUCGGUGCAUAGUACUAGCUCCUCGGUACGCAGCUACAGCAUGAUGCGUUUCGAAAAGGAAGUCCAGCAGAAGGAAAUAAGACAGGAGAUGAAGUUGCGGUUGGCCCGAUUGCAACAGCAACAGCAUCUAACCCAGAAUAAGCCACAAAUAGUUAUAGGCGAGGCGCUAUUGCAGCAUGGAGCCCUCAGUCGUGUAAGCAUGCCCACGCCCAGUCCCCUGACGCCCAAUUCGCUUGACGAGCUGCUGCCAUCGUUGGAUGAGAAUCAGGAGUAUCCACCACGAUUGGAGACAACAUAUAAGCAGCUUAUUCAACCGCAGAGCGUAAUGGCAUCCACAUCGACAUCCGGAGGAGCAUCCGCCGGAGCAGCAGCCGCAACACGAUCUGGAGGAGCAGGAGCCAGAUCCAUUUCAGCAGCCACCUCCUCCUCGUAUUCGGAAGCUAAUGGCUUUAAUGGACCAUGCAGCUCAUCGACUGAGGCUAUCUAAUAUUAUAUCCUUACCAAUUAAGUGUUGUAAUUUUAGGUGUAGUCCCCGCCCCCUCCACCCCUCUAAACAAAGAAAAUCUGUCAUUAUAGAAGUUGAGUUGAAAGCUUAUUGCUAUUUAUAUUUGAAUUAAACGUCAAACGUGUCUAGUUUUUAGUCAGUUAGAUUAUGUGUAACAUAGUAAGAUCUCCGGUCAGAGAAGGAGCUAAGCUAAGCCAAGAGAAAAAGCGUAAGCUAAAUUAUAUUCAAGUUCUCUUUUAAGCAGCAGCUAAUCCGAUGAAUCUAACAUCGUAAUUAUAAUAUUUUAUACGUGUAUUGAAUACAGUUUUGUAGAUGUUAUUUAUAUAUUUAAAUAUGUAGUUCAACGAUGUUUAGUUGCUCCUGCUAAAUUUUCACUCACGACAAUUCGAAAGAAAUACAAUAAAAAAAAGGAACGCACUAGACGAAUAAGUUCAGUCAAAAAUUCAACCUAAUUUUCUAAUUUAGCACUUUAACUUUGUGUUUUUCUGUCAAAAGAUUAUGUAUUUAUUGAGAGGAUUGAUUUUUGUAUGGUUGGCUCCAGGACUUGACUAGUGCUAGUACAUUACAAACAUAAAUAUAUAUGUAGAAUUAAUUGACUCAAUGGAAUGCCUUAGAUAAUUAAGAGGUAUACAUUAUACAUACAUACGACAUUUAAGCAGGUAAUUUAACUACUUAGUCGUUUUGCAAAGCGUUUUCACCUAACCGAA